UCUCGCAUUCUCGCGCUGCCGCUGCAACUUUGGGCUCACGGGACCGGCGGCACCGAAUAUGGAAUCUCUGUUCCAAAACCCAACUUUAGAGAAAACUUCAGUGGAGUUUGUGCCGAUGUGAGCCCGAAGCGGAGAAUAUUAUUCACAAGAGGAGAGUUUAGCGCUCCUAUCUGCAUCUGCAUCUGUGUGUGCGUGUGUGUGUGUGUGUGUGUGUGUGUGUGUGUGAGGAGAAAGAGGGGCUUUAUUGGAAAUUCUCGAACCCCCAUCGGGACGCUCUCGGCUUUCAGCUUUCAGCUCCGCUCGCACAAGUUUUCCAGGGAAAAGUGGAGUUUGCUGGGAUCAGCGCGGGGCCACACAGACUGAUGAAGGCAGAAUCGAGUCUUCAAAGGUCUGUGGCUGUAGCGGGUGUGUUCGUCUCAAUGCCAGUGGAUAUGCAGCCGCACCAGGGGCUGUACCACUACGACAACACCGCCAACCAGCCGAGCAGAGGACUGGCUCCGUCAGUAAGAUUGCCCUACAGCGAGGUGUCGUCUGUGUGUGCGGCGCCGCCGGACAGCAGAGAGAUGUACAACCCCUCCAUGACCCCCGGAGCCUGUAUGGACCCCUAUAUGAGGCCGCCACACGCCCCCCCACCGCACAGCAUGAUGGGACACCGCGGGAUGCCUCCGCCAGAGGGUGUCAGCGGCGCCCCCUACUGUAACCAGAGCAUGAUGGGAUCUCAUCACAACCUCACGCAUAACCAGCCGGGAUCUGAACACAUGGGAGCAGGAGACGCGUCUUGUUUCUCGACGCCUCGCUCCAUGCUGAAGUUGAGCAAGAAGCGUGCGCUGUCCAUCUCGCCCCUGUCCGACGCCAGCGUGGAUCUGCAGACGGUCAUCCGCACCUCGCCCAACUCUCUGGUGGCGUUUGUGAACUCACGCUGUGGGCAGAACGCUGCCAGCUCAUACGGGCAUCUGUCCGUGGGCACCAUGAGUCCGUCGUUGGGUUUCUCCAGUUCCAUGAACUACCCGUCCAGACCACAAGGGAACAUGUACGGCUCUCUCGCUCAUCCCAACACAUCAUGCCACGGGCCGCCGCCUCGCCUGCCGCCACACAACCCCAGACUUCACGCUCCGCCCAAACACACACAUCUGAAGACAGAGCCGGUUCUGGGCAGUGUGAUGGACAGCAUUAACAUCAAGAACUUGGAGGAGCAUUCAGAGGGAGACGUAGCGAGUCCAUCCUCAACUGGAACCCAGGAUCCUCUUCUGGGUUUACUGGAAGGCAGAGAUGAUCUUGAUAAGGAGGAGAAACCUGAACCAGAGGCCAUUUAUGAGACCAACUGCCACUGGGAGAGCUGCAGCAAAGAGUUCGACACUCAGGAACAACUCGUGCAUCACAUCAAUAACGAGCACAUCCACGGGGAGAAGAAGGAGUUUGUGUGUCACUGGAAGGAUUGUUCUCGAGAGCAGCGGCCCUUUAAGGCCCAGUACAUGCUCGUGGUCCACAUGCGCAGACAUACGGGAGAGAAACCUCACAAGUGCACUUUUGAAGGCUGUAAUAAAGCGUAUUCACGUCUGGAGAACCUGAAGACUCAUCUGCGCUCGCACACCGGCGAGAAACCCUACGUGUGUGAACACGAGGGCUGCAAUAAGGCUUUCUCCAAUGCAUCGGACCGUGCAAAACACCAGAACCGAACACACUCUAACGAGAAACCGUACGUUUGUAAGAUCCCAGGCUGUACGAAGCGCUACACUGACCCGAGCUCUCUAAGAAAGCACGUGAAGACGGUACACGGACCCGAGGCUCACAUCACUAAAAAGCACCGCGGAGACACCGGACCACGUCCUCCGGGUCUGUCCAAUCCUGGACAGAGCUCUGAACUUCUGAUAGAAAAAGAGGAGAGAAGCAGAGAGGACUGCAAAUUACUCGCUCCAGAAACCACACUGAAAUCGCAGCCAAGUCCUGGCGGCCAGUCAUCCUGUAGUAGUGAACGUUCUCCACUAGGGAGCGCCAACAACAACGACAGCGGAGUGGAGAUGAACCUCAAUGCGGCGGGGAGUCUGGAGGACCUGACGACACAGGAGGAGAGCGGGAACACCGGUGUGGCCGAAUCCGGCGGCGGCGGCGGGUCGGGGGGAAUGUGCAUGUCUGUUCAGGCCUUGAAGAGGUUGGAGAACCUGAAGAUUGACAAACUGAAGCAGAUUCGCCGGCCAACACCACCUGGCCGGAGCGCAGGGAAUAAACUUCCAGCUCUCUCGGCAACAGGAGAGAUGAUGGGCAUGUGUGCACCUUCACCUUUGCUCUCCAACCGGCGUGUAAUGGAGCUUUCUGCCCCAGAUCUGGGCGGAGUUAGUGGAAUGGGAAUGCCCUGCCCACCGAACGACCGGCGGGGCAGCGGCACCAGCAGCCUCAGCUCUGCCUACACAGUGAGCCGCCGUUCGUCCAUGGUCUCGCCCUACCUAUCAAGCAGACGCUCCAGUGACGUGUCCCAAGUGGGUCACUGCCAGUCCGGGAUGGGGGCCGAUGUGCCCGGCGACCCACUGUCUCCUCAGAACAGCCAAAGGGCCGGAUUGUGCCAGAACUCCGGGGGACUGCCAGGUUUGCCAAGUCUGACUCCUGCACAGCAGUAUAGUCUGAAGGCGAAAUAUGCAGCAGCAACAGGCGGUCCACCGCCAACCCCACUUCCCAACAUGGACCAACCCAGCACCCCUGGCCGAUUCCUGAGGGAAUGCCACGGCCAACCUCUUCCUCCAUUUCUGCAGCACGGCGGCACGAGGAGGCACAGCGCCAAUGCCGAAUACGGCACAGGAGUGAUCUAUCCGCAUCAGGCACCUGGCAACAACACGAGGCGCGCCAGCGACCCAGUACGCUCAGGAGCCGACCCACAGGGUUUACCCAAGGUGCAACGCUUUAAUAGCUUAAGCAACGUGUCCCUCAUGAGUCGCCGCAAUGCACUGCAGCAGUGCGGGUCUGAUGCCGCUCUCAGCAGGCACAUGUACUCACCUCGUCCACCGAGCAUCACUGAAAAUGUCAUGAUGGAGGCCAUGGCCAUGGAACCCCAUGGGAAUGCCGAAGGCAGAGAACAAGGCAUGAUCCAAGGUGGAGAUCGAGCUUACAUGGGCUACCAGCAAACUCAACACCACCUUCACAAUGCCAGUCAGCAAUCUCCCGGACAAGAAAGUCUGGGUUGCAUGGAUCAAGUCUACCAGUCUCAAAUGCAAGGUCCGUACCAGGGCCAGCGUGAGGAGAUCUGCGCCUCCGGGAUGAUGGGUCAGGCUGACAUUGCGAACAAUCUUCUACAGCAAGCUGAGUACGGCAUGAGCAACUGUCAGCUCAGCCCCUCCGGUCCACACUAUCCCAGUCAAGGUGAUGGAUCAGGACCUUGGGGUCAGACCAACCAACUUCACAGCCCUCAGAAUGACAUGCAGUACCAAGGUGCAGGCAUGCAAGGACAGCACUACCCUCAACAGGGUGUAUACGACCCUACAUCUGACACCGGCCAUCAAAGAGUUACUGUAAAACCAGAGCAGUUCCAUCCAUCCAUGGGAGGAUCCAGCUCUUGCCAGAACACCAAACCUCUACACCAGCAUCGGCAUAACGCGAAUAUGCAGGCGUAUCCAUCGCAGUCAGGCCAGGGCCUCAUGGGCAGGUCCUCCAAUAUGAAUUGUGACUUCCAUCACGGCCAAAUGGGAACGCAAGCCAGUCUUCCGCAGCAGAGUCAAGCGGGAUCAUUCCCGAGUGGUGGAGGGAUAAAUCUUGCUCUGGCGGAGAGCCGUAGGUCGCAGACGCCAAUGCAUCAGAUGAAAGAAAUGAUGGUGAGGAACUAUGUGCAGUCCCAGCAAGCACUCCUUUGGGAACAGCAGCAGGAGCAAAGGGUAGUCGAUGGUCUCUCUGGGAAGCCCGAUGGCAUGGACAUGGGGGGACAAGCGGCGAUGAUGCAGCACAGCCCGCAGCAUCAACAAGCAAACCAGAACCUUUAUCCUGGAAACUCUUACCAAGGCUACCCGAAUCAGAACUUGAUGAACCCACCGCAAAAUCGAGUUCCCGGUUCCAUCAAGGAGCAUACAGCUGGGAUGCAGGGAUCCUGCUACGGGCCGGACAUGGUGCCACGACCACCUCAGGGACGAAAGCCUCUGAGUCGCCAGAACAGCCUCUCCCAGCAGACAGGUGGAACUUACCUGGGCAGCCCGACUCACCUCAGCCCGGUGCAAUCCACCGCCAGUCCCAGAAGAGGAGUGCGGCUCCCGCCGGUUCAGCAACAACAGCAGCAUUCGGAAAACUUCACCAAUAACAACAACCCCAUGUACUACUCAGGCCAGAUACACAUGCACCACGACAUAGAGAAGACUCAGGAUGGUCCGUGCCUGGCCCAGCAGCACCUGACAGGGAUAGACCCUAGUACCAAGCCCACCUCGAUGGCCUACUCGGACCCUGCACCCAUGUCCAACGCCUUAGAAAACCUAGACCUGGAGAAUGCUCAGAUUGACUUUGCUUCUAUCAUUGAUGAUCCAGAACCUUCAUCUUACAGUCCAAUAAACCCUCCACUUGGACUCCACCAGUGCUCCUCUCAGACCUCCUCCCGUCUCACCACACCCCAAACCUCCAUCACCCUUCCAAGUGGCCUUUCUAAUAUGGCAAUCGGGGACAUGACCUCAAUGUUGACAUCUCUUGCUGGGGAGAACAAGUAUUUGAACACACUGUCUUAAAGUGUUUAUACAUUUGGGCCAAAGUGAGCAUACAGACUCUAUUGCCCUUACGACACUAAAGUUUCCUCUGGACGUCCCCUUUCUUGCUCGUACGCCAGUUACUGAUGGCUCUCCAGGUGUCCUAUAGGGGAUCUCACAGAUUUUGCCUGACAGUUUUGUAAUUGUGUAAAAUAUGUUGCUGAACAUUACCACAGAGGCCUAUUGAUGACUAUUACCGAAGGGGCAUUCCAGUCACUACUGUGAGACUGUUUACGAUGGAAAUCUUUGUUUAAAAUGUAAAUAUGAGCUUUGGACUGUAAAUGCUGGCAAGAUAGUAUAAAGAAAAUCUACUUUUUGAUACAUGGCACAAAAGCCACAUGAACUCUACAUAAGAAGACUGAAAUACUAAGUGAGCGAAUGUGCAAAGGAAGAAGCUGGCUGGCACGUUCUCUAGAAGUAUUGGUAAAGACAGGACUCCAGUGCCUUUGACCAUUGUGGCCUCUUUGAUUCCUCACAGGUACAUGUUGGAGAAAACUCGACAGAUAGAUAAAUUUAGUAUAAAGCCCAAAGUAUACUUCAGUUCACAAACACUUGGUGUACGAGUACAGCCGAACACAUAGCCUUUCAAAGUAUACACCACGUAGUGCGCUAGAAAGUUUAAUCUUUGCCGAUGUCUGCGCUAUUCCUCUACAGAAGUUACAAGCAAUCAUUGUACGUUCUCGUUGUGCCUCCAGUAGAUUGUUUCACCUCCUUUGUUUGUUCCACCGCGAAACAACCAGUGUCGCCACCUUGUGGACCAACUAAGUAGUGAAAAGAAAUUCAAAGCAUUUGGACAAGCUGAGCAUUAAGAGUACAUGAAUAUACUUUGGGCUUAAGAGAAAGGGUGUUCUCACUAAAACACAUCGCUAACUGUCAUAAUGGCAGAUUACAGAACAGUAUUUUGAAGCUUUAUCAGUUAUCUCUAGGUCUAGACAGGAGCCUUUGAGUCAUAAUAUUCAUUCAGAGUUUUAGUGUUUGUUUUCUGAUUAUUUGACUAGUCUGCUUUCAGACAGAUACGUUAAAGGGUAACGGCACUGAGUGUUUUUUGUAAGGUUUCUUUUAGUCUACGCUGCGCUACGUAACCCAAGCUAGCAUGCAUAUGCAUUGCACUGACAACAGCACUGAGCUGAGGAGAAGUGAUGAAUUUUUAUUAAAGGUUCCAUAUAGUAUGAAAGGUACAUACAGUGCAGGUAUUUUAAAGUCCUCUGUUAUUUCGACACUUUGUCUACAUUGUGCCUAACUCGUUUUAAGUAUCAUUUUAUCAUUUAAGUGUUAUCAAGGGCUGCAUCCCUUUUAAAAUCCCAGUGUUUCCACUUUCUGUGGCAUACCAAAGACGACCGGCACUGAGACGAGUCCACACUUGAUAUUUGCAAGACACAACGUCAUAUGCUUCCAUAUUGCUGUGAUAAAGAAUGUAACAAUGUUCUUUUUAUCAUUUCCUCUUUUUUAAAGAAAAAAAAAGAAACAUAUUUUGUGGUUUUUGCAUUUCUGUGUGUUUUUAUAUCUGUCACAGUUCACUCAAACCUUUUUGCUGGCAAAAGUUCAUAAAGUAGCAACAGAUUUAUGAUAUUAGCAUUUAUCUCAUCUAUUUACAAGGAAACUAAGUGAUAUUUUUGCGUACCGUUUUCUACAUUUUUGUACAAAGGUACUAUAUUAUACCAGUUUAUAAAUAAACAGAGCCUG